AUGGCUGGUGUGGUGACGACACAGAGGGAUCUGCGGCUCAUGCGCGUGUUUAGGCUCAGAACUGGCGCCCCUCCCCCCCCGGCCUUUGUGUCUGCGCUUUCCUCCCCAUUUGCUCGACCAUGUUUUGCUGACAUCACUAGACUCCCCGUCCCUGCCCCCCUCACCAUGGUGUGCUGUGAUUGGCCAUCGCUGCUAUGCUUCUUGUGCAUCUCCAUGGCAAACGCGGUGACGUCAUCGAUCCCGCCGGACCAGGAGCCAAUAAGCAUCGUCUCCUGGGAGCAAGCCGCUCUCUUCCCGUGUUUUCGUGGAUCUCUUCUGGACAACGACACUCAGAGACUCGGUCUUGACUUUCAGAGGAUGAUCCGAGUCCAACACACACUUUAUAUUGCUGCCAGAGAUCAUGUUUUUGCUGUGAACCUGACUACAGCAGCAGAAAACUUUGUGCCUCAGACGAGUGUGACCUGGAAAUCUACAGACGUGGCCAAGUGCACACUACGAGGGAAGAACAGCGAUGAAUGUUAUAACUACAUCAAAGUAUUGGCUCCUAAAGAUGACUCCACUCUUUUCACAUGCGGCACCAACGCCUUCAAUCCCACCUGCAGGAGCUAUAAGAUGGGGUCUCUGCAGCAGGACGGGGAGGACGUGGUAGGACAAGCCCGAUGUCCCUUUGAGUCAGGACAGUCUAACGUGGGAAUCUUUGCCGGAGGUGAUUUUUACUCCGGCACCAUGACGGACUCAUUAGCGUCAGACGCUGUGAUCUACAGGAGUUUAGGCGACGGGCGUCCGGUGCUGAGGACGGUGAAGUACGACUCCAAGUGGCUCCGCGAGCCGCACUUUCUUCAUGCUGUCGACUUUGGGAACUACGUGUACUUUUUCUUCAGAGAGAUUUCAGUGGAAUACUCAGCUGUGGGGAAGGUGGUUUUCUCUCGCGUCGGUCGAGUUUGUAAAAACGAUGAUGGAGGAUCUCCUCGAGUCCUGGACCGACACUGGACCUCCUUCUUAAAGGCACGGCUGAACUGCUCUGUCUCCGGAGACUCGUACUUUUACUUCGACGUUCUUCAGUCCGUCACAAAUGUUCUGCAGAUACAGGGGAGAGCGGCUGUGGUCGGGGUGUUCACCACUCAGGCCAACAGUAUCCCCGGCUCUGCAGUCUGUGCUUUCUUCAUGGACGACAUCGAGAACGUGUUCAACGGAAAAUUUAAAGAACAGAAGAACACAGACUCCACCUGGACUGCCGUCCCCGAGACCCAAGUCCCAAAACCACGACCCGGCUCUUGUGCUGGAGACCCCCCCGCAGAGGAGUAUCGGUCCUCAGUCCAUUUUCCAGACCAGGUCUUGGUCUUCAGUAAGGCCUUCCCCCUGAUGGACCAGAGCGUGUGGUCUGUGAUGAGGAGACCGCUGUUCACCCGGACAAACCACAGGUCUCGGCUGGUGUCUGUAGCAGUAGAUGUCUCGGCCGGUCCACACUGGGACCAGACGAUCUUGUUCCUUGGGUCUGAAGACGGUAGAGUCCUGAAAGUCCUGCUGAAGACCGAGAGCCAGAACCAGAACCAGAGCCUGAGCCCAGUUCUGCUGGAGGAUAUCCCAGUUUACGACCCCCUCCGGUGUGGUCUUCAUGGCGACAGCCGAGUCGUGUCUAUGGAGCUGGACAGGGAGACUCGUGGUUUGUUCGUGGCCUUCAGGUCGUGUGUGACCCGAGUCUCGUUGAGCCGCUGUGAGAAGCACCGACUCUGCCAGAGGUCGUGUUUGGCGUCUCAGGACCCAUACUGUAUCUGGCUCCGGACCGGACGCUGCGAGAACUUCAGCCCAGGUUUCAAAGCUGGUUUUGAACAGGACCUGGAUGGAGAUCCUAUUCAAUACACAGAGCCAUGUCACGGCAACGUCAUGGCAACCACACGGAACCACGACUCUGCAGACUCUGCGUACGGUGUCGGGCCCCAGUCCCAUGUUCAUGUCUCGCUUUUUGUGACCUUCGUCUUUGUGGCGUUUUCUCUUGGCGCCAUUUUGUCCGGUUUCCUCAUUUCUUGCUUCUGCCAAGGGCCCGCCCACCGACCCACGCCAUUGGCCAAGGAUCCGGAAGCAUCACUGCCUCACGCCCUUUCUCUGCGCUCAUUGGCCAAACUCAACGGCCUCCUGGACCAUCCAAGCAAGGAGCGCCUGGACGUCUCCAGACUCUACUCUUCUCUUGUGAAUCGUUCGGAACAGAACCUGGUGCAGUCCCAGGAUCAGGCUGAGGGUGGUGCAGCGGAGUUUAGCCCUUCUAAGGCAGCGUCUCAGUCUGAUGGAGAGUUUGAGUCCACAAUUCCAACUCCAGAGUCCACUCCAGGACCAAGAGACCGGAACCAGGAAUGCCCUUCCCUCUCAGGCCCCGUCCCCUCUCCUAGCCCCACCUCCUCCACCCCAGGCUUUGUGGCAUUUGUCGGACACUCGAGCGUGUUCCAGUCUGCCGCAUGCAAAAGCGACAGUGUUCUGAGUAACAGCACUGUCGGGACCACGCAGUUCAGAACUGCAAAUCCAGAGCCUGGACACCUGGGGGGCGGGGCAAAUCACCAUCUGUCACAGACGUUGCUGCCUCAGGUGGACGUUUCAGCACUGGAUGAGCUGCUGCGGCACAUACACGAGGUGAGCGCCUCGGGAACAGGAGGGAUCAAAGUACUCACGUCAACGUCAUCAGGACUUUACCCUCCACUACACCCCAACCACCCCCAUCUGCAGCGCCCCACCCACCUCGCCUCGCCCACAUCCAGCUUGGCUCAGCCCACCCACAUAACCCCUCCCCCGAACACCUCCACUCCCCACAGAGCCACCACCACCCGCACCCAUCACUACAACCCACGAAAUCCUGUCUCUGAGCCCCGGAGCCACACCCCUAGACAGCUUGUCAAGAUGGCCACUGUGCACAGAACUCCCAGCUUGAAGCAGCCGCAGCCCGGGAUUUUAGCCCGAAUGAACACUAAUAGUAGCAGCAAUGGUCCCCCGCCGAGUGGUAAUGCUAAUGCUAAAGCAGCUGUUAGCCUCACACGGCAGCACAGCUACAGCGAGGGGCCCAAGUCUCAAAGAGUCGCAGUGAGACGCAGUCUGUCUCUAAAACCGCAGAUUCCUCCAAAACCACUGUUUCUGCCCAACAACGCUACACUAACAGAAGUGCUAACGGAGACACUAACGGACAAAUGA